GCAGCUCCACUUAACGGGGAGCUUUGCACCUCCGCUGGGUCACUGGGUCGGGGCGGGGACAGGUGGGCUCUCUGCUCUGAGCUCUUCGCUUUUGCUCUAGUCUAGGAAGAGAUCUUGAUCCUUCAUGGCUCCAAGGAAUGUAAAGGGAUGGUCCGCAGGACUCUGGGAGGGGCAGGGCAGGGUCGGGAGCUCUGUGGGUUAGUGGGGGGUGGGAAAAGGGGCCUUUGUCAUCACACAGGCUUGUCCCUGGGGUCCCCCAAGGGCCAACCUCCCCCAGACCUCGUGGUUAUCCUCACUUCACCAGGGACCAACCUAGGUAGGGGCCGGGGGGAUCUCAGAAAGGGCUUGGGAGCGGGAGGGUGGGGAGGUUUGAAAGCCGCCUCCCGCCACCCUAGACUGGUCCCUUACUCCCCGCCCCGCCCCCAGGGUUCCCCUAGGCAACCGCACAGCUACCCCUAACUCCGACUUAAUUCGCUCCGCGUGCUCAGAAUCGCAGAGAGGCCAUCUCCCAAACAAAGAAUCGGCCGCCGGCCCAGUGACCAUGGCCCAUUACAAGACCGAGCAGGAUGACUGGCUGAUUGUCUACCUGAAGUAUUUACUCUUUGUCUUUAACUUCUUCUUCUGGGUGGGAGGGGCAGCCGUCCUGGCCGUGGGCGUCUGGACUCUGGUGGAGAAGAGUGGCUACCUCAGCAUCCUGGCCUCCAGCACCUUUGCAGCCUCCGCCUACAUCCUCAUCUUCGCAGGCACUCUUGUCAUGGUGACUGGCUUUCUGGGCUUCGGUGCCAUCCUCCAGGAGCAGAAGGGCUGCCUUUCCACAUAUUUCUGCCUGUUGCUUGUCAUCUUCCUCGUUGAGCUGGUGGCAGGAAUCCUGGCCCACGUGUAUUACCAGAGGCUGAGCGACGAACUGAAGCAGCACUUGAACCAGACUCUGUUGGAGAACUAUGGGCAGCCAGGGGCUGCGGACAUCACCGCCUCGGUGGACCGUCUCCAGCAGGAUUUCAAGUGCUGCGGAAGCAACAGCUCUGCCGACUGGCAGCACAGCGUGUACAUCCUGUCAAGGGAGGCCAAGGGCCGCCGGGUGCCUGACAGCUGCUGCAAGACGGUGGUGGCACGCUGUGGCCAGCGGGCCCACCCCUCCAACAUCUACAAGGUGGAGGGAGGCUGCAUCACCAAGCUAGAGCAGUUCCUGGCCGACCACCUGUUGCUCAUGGGGGCGGUGGGCAUCGGGGUGGCCUGCCUGCAGAUCUGCGGAAUGGUUCUCACCUGCUGCUUGCACCAGAGGCUCCAGCGGCAUUUUUACUAACUGUCAACCACCUCCCCUUGCAAGGACACGUGCCCACAUUUGCCGGGCUUGCAGAGUUUAGUACCAGCUCGACCAGGGCCCCAGAUUCCCCUCCCCCUCCUCUGUGCCUUGCCUUUGCAAAUCCACCAAGUGCCUGCUCCUCUCAUCCAUGCAGGAUCCCUGCCCCACCCCUCCAUUUCUGAGCCUGCACAGCUGGAUCCUGGGCAGGGGGAUGUUCCUGCCAGAGGCUCUCACCAAGCACAGGACACAUGUGUACUACAGGAGGGAGAGAACUGGGCUCUGCUCCCUCCCAGCUCCUAAUCCUGGGGCCUCCCAGCCCUGCAUUCAGUGUUUGAUUCCCCAGGUGGUGCUUUAAAGCCUCAACUUGCCCUUCCCUCUGGGAAAUGCAUGAGCUGGGGCGGAAGACCUACCUGGCCCCUUGGCCUGCUCACUCCCCACACUGCCUCUCUCGGGAAGAGAAGCCUUGUCCUGCUGGCCCCGUCCUCUCCUGCAUGGCCUGGGGGUAGGGAGGCCUGAGGUGGGACCACCAUAGGCUGGAUGGAGCUGCCAGGGAAGGGAGGAAGGGACCAGGGGACAAGAUGAGGACACCAGCACCUGCUGCCCCAGAAGCAGAGCACCAUACCCCACCCUGUGGCCUUCCUGGGAGAAAUCCCCCUGGGAGACCAUAGCCCCAGGCCUCAGCCUCUAGUAAUAUGUCCCUCAGGGACCCCCUGUUCUGGGACCUGGUUUUUAGGAAUGCCGGGUUUUAAAACCAUCUUCAGCUCUUAAUGUUGAUGGAUAUAAAACUCCUCCCUUACUGGACAAAAUACAGCCCCUGCAAAGUUAGGGCACUGAGAAGGGGAAGCUCUGAGUGGAGAGUACCCCCCUGAACCUCACCUCCCCGGGGCCUGCUCUCCCUGACCACGUGGCCACCACCGUGUUGCUUCCAGGGAGUCCCACUCUGCUUCCCUUUCUUGCUUGUCUCAGAGUGGACACAGUGUCUUUUCCCUUUUGCAUCACUGAAUUACGCAAGGAAUCUUCAGAAAGAAUUUUCCCAAAUACUAAGAACAGAAAGAAAGUCUUAGAAAUAACAUACAUGCUGGCAGUUAUCUGAAGAAUGAGUAAAAAGACAACCAUAAGAAUCCCCUCAAUGGCCAUUACAAGGGGGCAGCUCAUAACACAAGAACCCCAGGCCCAGCUUCCAUACCUCCCAGGCCCUGCCUUUCCCCCAGGGGACCUGCCUACUUCCCCUACAGGGCGGUGGGUGGCACCUUUCCAUGCUGAUUUUCCAUGCUGAGGCCGAGAGAGCUCACACCUCCCUCCCCAUUCAAUCCUGUUCACAGCAAGAUGGGCCCAGCUCUUGCUGACCUGGGCUGGUCCUUCGGGAGGUCUUGUUCUCUCUCCCAUACACAGGAAUGCCUGACGAUCACUGACAUAGCCCUGAAAUGUCCAGAAGCUACAUCCUCAGAGCAGGAAGUACCCACAUGGACACGGGGAAGGCCAGCCUCUGGGGGAAUACUUACUACCUCCUCCAUUGGGGAUUCUCCAGGCCUGUCUGGAGCCUGGGAUGGUUUACUUCUGCCCAGAAGGCCCUGGGGUUACCAGUGGGAAUUCAUUAAAAGGAAGACCGCUUUCCCCGCAAGCCCAGACCACACCAUGGCUGAGAGAGAAGGUGUAACUUGUGAUUGUCUUUGCUAUUCUCCAGCCUCCAGGGAUUCGUGCAAUUAAUCAAAAACUGACCAUGACUCCACACGCAUCAAGUCUUACAGAGUGGAGGCUGAGAAAGGGAGAGGGGGCCAGGCUGGAGCUGAGUCUUCCUGCCCGGCACUGGGGAUGCUGUGGCCUUCCCUAUCUGCUCUAGCCGUGACAGACCUGUGCUCCGUACAUAGCCCAGGAGAGCUUGACCCAUCCUCCUGGCCCCAAGUGUUGGGUCAGGGUCAGUCUGACCGGGGCAGGAUUAGCUUUGCUUCUGCCACUGGGCAUUAUCCACACAGACUACCACAGGAUGGAGGGGCUGGUCCAAGCUGUAGAAAGUGGCAGAACAGCCUAGAGUUUCUUGGAAAUAAGACCUUGUUCAUGCCAACAGCCUGGGAGAUGAGUCAGGCUUAGAGGAAACAGAACCCCAGAACAGGUUCCGCCUAGGAGUGCACAGAGGCGGAGUUCAGAGCAGUGCCCAGGACAGUUCCUCCCAGGUCCCUGCUUGGGGGCUGUUACAGUCUUGAGUUCCUUGGAGAGAGAGAAGGGUAUGCCUGGGGAAAGUCACCAUCAGUCCUGUGUGGGCACAAGGCCUUGCACACCAGAGGUGAGCAAAGAAGUGUCAGGUGCUGGAUGCAUAUAGCUGUGGCCAGCACAUCUCAUCCGGGACACAUAAGUGUCUCCCCUAAGCUCUCAAGGGCAGACACAGAGUGUGGCAUGUCCCUGAGUCCCCCGGCUGACGUGUGUUAGGGGAGGGGCAGGAGGGGAUGAAAUGUCUAUGCUCCCCCACCCCGCUCCCUGACAGCGCCCGGACCCCAGGAGCUCCCCAGGCAUACCCACAGGGAGGCAGAUAUGCCAGGGAGUCCUUGCGUUCACGGCGGGCCUGCCAGGCACUCAGAGUGUGUUAAUCACCGUAAACACAUUACCUCGCAUUGCCCCAAUAAUUUCCUCAUCCCAUUUCACAGAUAAGAAAAUUCAGGCUCAGCCAAAUUAAGAGACGUGCUAGGAGUGUCAGGCGUAAUGACUGUUGCCCUACAACCCCCAGCCAGGGGAGGGGUGCAGGAAAGCUGGGCUGGGUGCCCCUCUCCUAGCAUCCCACAGCAUCCACCUCUGUAACGAGCUGUCAUCAGGCUGACAUUCAGGAACAGUGCCACUCAGGGGCAUGUCACACGGCAGCACCCUCUGCACCCUCUCCCAGGUGGAACAGAAUCCUAAGUCUCAGCCCAGCACCAGCUGCCCGUACAUGCACCAUCAGUGCAGAAGCCUGGCAUUUUUCAGGCUAGCAGCCAGGCCUCCUGGUGGGGGUGCUCAAGCAGCAGGCUGAGGGGCCAUGGCACCUCAGGUGCCAAUGUUGACCCCAAAGUGAGAGCAGGGACUGCCCCCAGCUCUCAGAGCCUUCACACAGGGUGUGGAACCUCAUGCCUCAUUUGGGGGCUUGGGAAAUCCUCAGGCCACACCCAUUCCCAGAGACACCCUGGGGAGGGAGGGGCACCCUGUGGUACUGAUGUGACCUCCUCUCCUGCCUCUUUCUCUUUUUUCCUGUCCCCUGAAUAGAGCACCUGCUGUUGCUGGGGCUUCAGGGUGGAUACUGUGUGAUGUCUCAGGGAUCUCACUGUGGGUGGCCACGGACAUUUAGAUCCAGCGGGGCCCAGCAUGGCCCUGGAGCAUAAGAUAGGUCCCUGUGACGUGCCCCAGGACCCUCCUGCCCUCUGCCACUCAGGACCGCAAUUCGAGGUUUUGAGGCAGGGGGACAGAAAGUCGCAACAGUUUCUGCCAUCACUAUCCACCCCUUACCCUUCCUAGAAAAUACUCUGGACUCACUGGCCCCUCUGGGCCUGAGGAGGGGAAAGCAGUUUGGCCCCCUACAGAGAAAAUUGGGUCUUUUCACAUUGCCGCUGGGUAGUGCCCACCAAGGACAUGGAGUUCAAGUGCGUGAACCAGUGGUUCUCAAACAUAAGUGAGAGUCAGAAUCACCUGGGGCUCCUCAAAACAGGUGGCCACCCGUGUCCCCCAGAUUUUCUAAUCAGGAGAGGCAUAGCCAAUAAUUCAAAAUGCUAACAAGUCCCACAGGUGUCGCUGCUGCCGCCGCUGCUGGCUCAAGAAUCACACUUUGAACACCACUGCUUUAGAUUACAUGAUAAAGGACACUGCCACCUCUACAGGUACAAACCUCAGAAAUCAAACCCUGAGUCAUCCAACAACCUGAGAGCAUCCCCACUUGAUGCACUGUGAGGGGGUAGGGCAUGCCACUGUGUCAGCUCACAGCCAGGGGUGCCUGCCGCAAUGCCUGGUCCCCUCCUGGAAGCCGAGACAUUGUACGCCCCAGCCCCGUUUUCCCACCAUCAUCUGCGUGCCUUGAGAGAGCCCGGCUGCGCCUGGUUACUCCCUUUGCCUGUUGUGCGCACAGUCCCGGCCCUGUGCCCCGUGCCUAGCGUAACCCUGGUGCACAUGCCACUAGUCAUUCCAAGCAGCUGGACGUCCGUGAGGCCUGAUAACCUCCUGAAACCAGCUGGCCCUUCCCUGGGGGCCUCACAAUAUUCUAGAAACAGAAAAGAUGCCUUAACCAGCCUAUAGGGAAACUGCUCCAGUUGUAAACAUGCUUCCUUAGCAGGCCUUGUUGCAAGCCCAGCUUCACAUGCCAGGGGGCAUGAUAAUAAAGGAAUUGCACCCAGGA